CAGUCUCUAUCCAAUAAAUUCCCUCCCACGCGCUUUCGUCGAUUGUAACUUUUGACGUGCUUCCCUCGAAUUUGCGCCGAGCAUGCUAGUGUGUUUUCAAGGGUUUUGCAGGGCAGAUUCAUCUUGGCAAUCUCCUGCAACUUCUUCAUUGCCUCAGCAUGUCUUCCGCAGCUUCUCCAUCCGCGUCCCCUCUCACGCCUACGGAAAUCAUUGAUGAAAUUCUAAUGAGAAAAGCAUAUUAUCCAGAGUUCGAUCUUGGCCGAUUAAUCACUCAAAUAGACGCUCUUCUUGCGCUUUACGCCACUCAGCCGAGGGACAAAAGUCCCAUCGGCGAGAAGUUAGGUGAGCUCCCUUCGGCAUCAGAGACUCUCACUUUUGAAGACCAGCUGUCAACAAUUGUGGAACUAAUUUCCAAUGAGGUACAUGCAGCUUCUUCCCUAUUUGUUUUCAAUAAUUUUCGUUUUGUUGUCAUUGUCAAUAAUUUGGAUUGA